AUGGUCCUCACGUACAAGCACCUCCCCGCCUACCAGGCCUACCUUAACGAUCCCGCCAACGUCCGGCAGGACAAUUUGAUGCCGACCCUGCUCUACAACGAAGAUGGCGAACCCAUCAUCAUGCCCGGCGAGCGUUACUGCCGCUACACCGAUUUUACCGGUGCCCGCUGUUGGAAGAACGACAAGCUUGGUGCUGAGUCAUCUCUCCGACAGCACUAUAAGAAAGUGCACAAAAUCGAGUGCGAGAAACGGGCCACGGGCGCCAACGCUGGCGAUUUGCAGCACGACCUGAACCGAUGGUAUACUCAAAUCAUGGCCGGCCUCCGUCCGACGUGGAUCCCACGCAAGGCUGCUGAUCCCAGCGUUGACAUCCUGUCCGAUGACGACGAUAAUAACGAUGGUGAUGACGAUGAUGAUAAUGCCCUGCCUCCUGCCCCCCCCGCGCCUCCGGCUCCUCCUGCCCCCCCCGCGCCUCCUGCUCCUCCUGCUCCUCCUGCUCCUCCUGCCCCUCCUGCCCCUCCUGCUCCUCCUGCUCCUCCUGCUCCCCCCGCGCCUCCGGCCCCCCCUAGCUCUGACUCCGACUCCGACUCUGACGACGACGACGACUCUGACGACGACGACGACUCUGACUCUGACUCUGACGACGACGACGACGACGACGACUCUGACGACGACGAUGACGACGACGACGACGACGACGACGACGAUGACUUUAAUAACGACAACGACUCUAAUAACGACAACAACUCUGAUAACGACGACGGCUCUGACAACGGCGACGGCUCUGACAACGGCGACGGCUCUGACAAUGGACAUGGUCCGCUGGCCCCUCCCGCUGAUUCUGAUAACGAUCUCCUGGCCCUUCCCCCUGCUGAUAGUAGUGAUAAUAAUAAUAAUGAUGAUGAUGAGGAUGUUUGGAUGGGACUUUCGGACGAGUCCGAUUCCGAGGUAGAUGAGAAUGGACUCCGUGCUCCGAAGUGGCGCGAUGAGGAGGAGGGUUUAAUGCGGAUUGCCGAUAUGCGGCGUUCUUGCGGCCUUACGCAAGGCAAGCUCCGGUGCCCGGAGUGUAUUUUGGAACCCGCCCGACGUGAGAAUUACUUCUAA